AUGGACAUGGCAUGUUUAACGCUGAAGGAUCUUGUAAGCGUGAGGAAAAGUAAGGCAGAAACAGACGAGGACCGAAUCACGAAUGACCAGAAGGAGAACCUUUGCUUGGAAAGAAGGAAAAUGACUCCACACAAGACUGAACCAACAGCAACUGUACUGAAUGGCAGGAAGCCCUCAUCAUCAGAGCUGGUACAUCUUACACCCAUUAAACACCCUGAACGAUCCUACACUGAUCCCUGGACGCCCACAGCCAACCUGAAGAUGCUGAUCAGUGCUGCGAGCCCCGAUAUGCGAGACCGUGAGAUGAAGAAGACUCUGUUCAGACCCAUUGAGAAUGAGGAGAACCCCGCAGAGGAAGAGGAGGAUGUGGAACUGGAUGACUCAUGUCAGUUUGAUGCUGUGGAAGUUGGGGUGGAUGACUUUGAGAAGAGGCCCAGUCGGAAGCAGAAAAGCCUGGGGCUAUUGUGCCAGAAAUUUCUGGCUCUUUACCCUGAUUAUCCAGAUGACUCCGAGAGUAUCAGUAUCUCCCUGGAUGAGGUGGCCCUGAGUUUGGGUGUGGAACGGAGGCGAAUCUAUGAUAUUGUGAAUGUGCUGGAGUCUUUGAUGCUGGUCAGCCGAGUAGCUAAAAAUCAAUACGUGUGGCACGGGCGCCCACGCCUCCCACAGACUCUGCAGGAGCUGCAGCAGCUGGGUCGAGAACAGCGUUACCAUGUACAGAUGGAGCAGAGCACACCGUCUGAGCAGAGAGACGGAGCAGGCACAAAUAACCCUCAACAAAGUCAGAACAGUUUCGGUUCUGCCAGCAGGAGGAAAGAUAAGUCGCUGCGUAUCAUGAGCCAGAAGUUUGUAAUGCUGUUCUUGGUGUCUAAGACUCAGACUGUUACCUUGGAUACAGCUGCUAAAAUUCUCAUUGAGGAGAGUCAAGAUGCAGCCAGCCACAGCAAUUACAAAACUAAAGUACGACGUCUGUAUGACAUCGCCAAUGUCCUGACCAGCCUAGCGCUCAUCAAGAAAGUUCACGUUCGAGAAGAGAGGGGGCGGAAGCCAGCCUUCAAAUGGAUCGGGCCGGCAGAGUUCCAUGGCAACGGCGGUAAGGGCUGAGUCCUCGAUAAUGCCCGGUUGACUUUUGCAGGUGGCCGGAGAGAAAAGUUGGCACGUCAUGCCUCUUUUCAUGUAGUGCCCACCUCUGUGGCCACCCACAGACGCAUCAGCUCAGCCCCCAGCUCCCCCUGCAGAGAGGUGACAGAACCGGUGGAUUACUCCAGAAAGGGUGCUGGCAAUAGUGCAGUAUGCCGUUUGCAGUUUGAAGACGAUACCAGUGUCCAGCCCGCCACAGAACAGACUAGUCCUUUGCCACAUGCCUCAGGAUUGGCACCACUGGCAGUGCCCAUCCAUUCUGAAGUGCCCUAUGCAACUCUCCCUGUCGCCUCUUCGUUCCCCCCGCACCUGUCCACUCUGUCCCAGACCCCUGUGUUUGUGCUGUGUGGGGGUCAAGCUCCAGAGACGCCCAGCAGGGUUGCUGAGAGGCAAAAGUCACCUGUCUCUAAGGAAAACCUGAGAAAGAGGAAGAACGAGAGAGAGGAGACUGGUGAGAUGAGUAAAAGAGACAAGCGGGAUGAAUCUGGAAUACGUGAGACUGAACAGAGGGAGCGCGAGGGUGACGCUGGGAUGGACAGGGCAUGUCCUGGCCACUCUAACGGUCCGCCCAGGGGGGAGGCUGUGUCCAGAGGCCUUAGAGAUGGAGAAAUGCAGGGAUCUGGUCCUCAUGACAUACCCCCCCUCUCUCAUUACAUCUAUGUGCCCAACACUGCAGGUCUAAACAGCUUGAACUUCCUCCUCCCUGCGGGCCAUUCACCCGGAAGUGUGGGAUUAUCGUCAGGCGCCGUGCCCGCGCUAGCUGUGCCUUAUGUUCUGGUGCCAUCCUCAGCUAUCUCUCCCUACCCUCUAAUUGCCAAUGCCAUACCCACAGUGUGCGGUGAAGCUCAUAGCAAUGUGAACUUCAGUAGCGCUGCCAUGGUCCCUUCGGCACACUUUGUGAUGGGAGCAGAGGCAUUCUCUGUAGGAGGAACUGUGGAACCCAGUGGGCCAACAGGAGGAGUCCACUCCAGUCCAGAACAGCCCAGGACCAGUGGAUCAGCUCUACCUCUGUCCCCUCUGUCUGCACACAGACAGCCUGUCAGCCUCAAACAAGCUGAGCCACACACCCCACUGACUCCAAAGGAGGCGGAGGCAGCAGGCUCCAAGGCGUUCUUCCAGACACCAGGAACCCUGGCACCAGAGUCUGGUCCGUCCGUACGCAGGAGAGGAUCUGCCCAGAGGAGGCUGGACAUCGGUCACCCUGCAGCCAAUUAG